AUGUGGGAAAAUCAAAACUGGCAGAGAGCAAGCAAUACGAUGGUUGUGUUGAAACGUUACGUUGACAUGAAGUCUGUGUAUAGAUCAUGGUAUGACCUUGCGAAACAGAUGAAAACAUAUCUCAUGUGUAAGAAUCCAUGCAUUUUACCAAUAUUUGGAAUUUCUCAAGAUCCUGAUAUCAAAGAAUAUAUGCUUGUAAUUAAGUUUGCAAAGUUUGGCAAUCUUUGUGAUUACUUGUCAGAAAAGAGUGAACGAAUAAAUUGGAAUAAGAAGUUGGAUAUUUUGUGUGAUAUCUCAUCUGCUCUGAGGUAUAUCCAUGAAGCGAAUUUCGUUUAUUGCAAUCUUUCAUCAAAACAAAUAUUGAUUGAUGAAAAUAAAGCCCUUAUUGGAGGUCUAGGUGGAUGUAGAUCAAUUCAGGAGUUGGCCGAACUUGAAUACGUUACGGACGAAGAAGAGAAAGAGGAGAUGAUGUUUAACAUACGAUAUGCAGCACCAGAGAUUUUCCAAGAGAAUAGAUUUUGCAAAGAAUCAAAUAUUUACAGCUUCGGCACAAUCAUGUGGGAGAUGUCAACAGAAAAAAUACCUUUUGAAUAUUUUAACAAGAUGAUGAUUGGCUUAACGAUCAGUCAAAAGAACAAUACAAGUAACAUGCUCUUAACUCCUGUUGAUGGAACCCCCGAAUGCUAUGUAAACUUGAUGCGGAGAUGCUGGAGUUAUGAUCUUAAUACUCGACCAAGUAUAUCUGAAAUAAACGAUAUCAUAUGUCAGUGGUGGCGUAUAGUUAAUCGCGAGCAUAUUUCAAAUGUCUAUUAUCAAUUUAAAGAUUCGGAUAUGCAUAAAGUCAAAAGAACUCUUGAUGACUCUUUUAUUAAGGACGAAAUAAGAUAUCAGGAAAAUCAAGAUCCACAGGAUAAGAUAAAAGAUCAAGAAUAUCAAGAUAAUUAUCAAGAUAAUAAGAUCAAAAGACUUAAACGUCAAUCUACAAUCACUGAUGACGCUAGAGAAUGGUUGACGAAUGCCAUUAAAAAUGGUCAUGUGAAAUUCAUCCCGUAUGCACAUCUAAAGGUUGAUGUGCCCUCAUUUGAAUCCGGACACUUUGGAAGCAUCACAAAAGCAACAUGGAAGGGUGAGGAUGUGGUCUUUAAAAGAUUGCGUAAUACUACCGAAAUAAAAGGAAAUAGCCUCAAGGCAUUCAUACACGAGCUCAAAAUUCACAUGCGAAUGGAGUAUAGGGACAGAAUAGUACGUUGUCUUGGCAUCAGUCAAGAUCCCUCAAAUCUGGAACAUCUAUUGGUAACAAAUUAUGCAAACAAUGGAGAUUUACGUAAAUACUUAAAAGAGAAUAAAGAUUUAUCGUGGGAAAGAAGUCUAGGCGUUUUGAUGUGGGAAAUUUCUAGUGGCGUUCCUCCGUUUCAUAAAUUCCAGGAGAAUAAGAUAGUAUUAAUUAUGGCGAUUCACAAUGAAAAAAAAAGAGAAACCCCAAUUCUCGAUACCCCCGUGGAUUAUAUGAAUCUUUACCAAUGGUGUUGGAGUGAUGAACCCAGCGCUAGACCAACAAUACAAAAAGUUUUAGAAAAGUUUGAAAAUAUGAAUCUAGAAAAUAGAAUUGACAAAAACCAGGUCGGUGAAGUCCAUACCGAUACUUGUGAAAAUGGUAAACUGGAAACUAGUUCUGUUAUUGAAUUUUCACAGUUGAACUUUGAGAAUGCCAUUGAAAUGCUUCAAGAAAAUUCCAGUAAAAUCAAGAAUAAUGAAAACGGCUCUACUUAA